UGGCCCGAGAUGCCGUCCGCGGUCGACGGCUUGCCGGCCCCGCCGCCAUGGCUCUGGACCCGCCUCGCCGCGACCCCGGCGGAGCGUGGCGCUGGGCGCGCAGGGCUGCUGGCCUCUGCGCCAGCCUCGCGGCCUGGCCAUCCGCCCGGUGCCUCGCCCCGUGCGUUCGGGCGCCCGGGCUGGCGCAGUGGCCGGGCGCGGGCUCGGGCGGCAGCGGGCGUAACGGCCAGCAUGGUGGCCAGUGGCGGGCGGCGCAGUGGCCGCGCGCGGCGGCGCAGCGGCUGGGCGCGGCCGUCGUAGCGGCUCCGAGGAGGGCGGGCGGCGGGCGCGCGCAGCGAGGGAGGCGCUCCGGAGACGACGGGGGAGCGCCUGAACGCGGCCGAGGCGGCGUUGCGGCGGGCCCGCGCCUUCAACCUGCCAGGGGCGGAGGGCCUGGAGCGGGAGGUGGAGGAUCGCUGUCCGCGCUGGCGGAAGAGGAGUGGGCAAGGAGCGACCCGGUGAUGAGGGAGAGGGCGAGGCUGCAGAGCUCGAUGGACCUCGCGCUGGAGCUCGGGCUCGACGACGACGACCUCGGGGAGGUCCCCGAGUUCAGGGCGUUCCUGGACGCGGACGCCGACCCCCAGGAGUUGCCGACGAUGGUGUCGCAGCUCGGGCUGAGCGCUUUCGCUGGGAGCAUGGUGGAGAAGGACGUCAGCAUGCUGGACUGGGCUGACCUCGGCGACGAGAUGGACCACGGGGCCCGGGUGCGGCUGUCCGAGGCGUUGUCGAACCAGACCGUCGAGGCUUUCCACGCGCGCCACACGGACCUCAGGCCUCUAGGAGCACAAGCGGCACUGGCACAGACCGGGCAGCGGGGCCUAUCAGCACGGCGGCGGAUGUAUAGGUCUCGUCGCCCUGACAAGCUCUCGGAGGUCCGCACUGAUGUUUCGGGUGGGCGCUAGGCUCCACUCUGGCAGAGCCUCCGGCAUCGCCCCUGGCGCGCUCGGCGCGGCAGCCGCGGACCUCCGAAAGUUUGUGCUCAUGCGGUUGUUUGUUCUUCUUCCAGCGACUCCGAGUGGAGGGAGCUGCUAGAGCAGCUCCGCGAGUACGAGUUUCCGCCGACGGAGUGGAUCAACCUAGGCUCUUUCCUCGGCAAAAAUCUGCGGAGGCGCUGGGGCAAGAUCGUGUUCCUGCUGAAACUGGGGGAAGAACAGCGGAGGACCGACAACGCGGUGAACGUUUUGGGCGUCGACAUCCCUCUGCCCAAGUCGCCUUUUUAAAUAUUGUGGCUGUAUUUGCUCUGGCACGCCCGUGUUGAAACGCAGCGCGCGCCGUGUUCCAAACGCCCGGAUUAAUCUGUUGCGCGGUGGUUCGGCACGUGUUGGCCCACGGUUUGGCGAAUGUACCACGUCAUACAUACGUUUUCAGUAUACGGGUUGAUCCCCGUGUCAAAACGCAGCGUGCUGCGUGCCGCGUAUCGGGGCAGCUGAUAUUGUGGCAUGUGUGCUGAUCUCGCUCGCAGAAGAUGCGGCAGAGGCGACCCCGUGCGGCAUCCCCUGAGACCUGGUGACGCCCGCGCCGCCUUGCCCGUGCCGACAGCGCCCCCAGGGCGCCCAGAGCACGACCCAGAGCUGCCCAAUACCAAUCGAGGCAAGCCCUUGGGCAGCUCUUGGGCCGGAGGGGGAGAGAGAGAGAGAGAGAGAGAGA